UUCUUGUGGGUGCUCUAUAAGUACAUAGUUUUUUCAGCAGCAAAAGAGCAUCCAAAAAAAUGUCUUUCCCAAUGGACACAAGUACUUCAUCAUCGACUCUUGUUCUAUGCCCUGCAAUUGAGCUCAAGGAUGAGAAGGAGACCCUCCUAUUUGACUCCUCCUUGCUUCAAAAGCAACCCAACUUCCCAAAAGAGUUCACAUGGCCACACAAAGACCUUGUUCACACCCAAGAAGAGCUGAAAGAGCCACUCAUAGACUUGUCAGGCUUCCUAAAAGGCAAUGAAGAAGCAACUUCCCUAGCAGCUGAGCUCAUCAGGACUGCUUGCACCAACCAUGGGUUUUUCCAAGUCAUCAACCACGGAGUCGACCCGGGCCUCAUAAGCGCCGCCCACAACGAGAUUGAGUCGAUUUUCAGGCUCCCCACGAGCAGGAAGCUUGGCAUGAAGAGGAGGCCCGGUGGAGUGUAUGGUUACUCCGGUGCUCAUGCGGAUAGGUACUCAUCCAAGUUGCCAUGGAAGGAGACUUUCUCUUUUGGGUUUCACAAGAACGAGAGCUCUGAGCUUGUGGUGGUUGAUUACUUCAAAUCUGUCUUGGGCGAUGAUUUUGUACAUACAGGAUGGGUAUACCAGAAGUAUUGUGAGGCGAUGAAGGAGCUAGCACUGGUGAUCAUGGAGCUGCUGGCGAUGAGCUUGGGGAUCGAUCGCAUGCACUACAGGGACUUCUUCGAUGAUGGGAGUUCGAUAAUGAGGUGCAAUUUGUACCCGCCGUGCCUGAAUAACGGGCUCGCGAUGGGCACGGGUCCUCACUCCGACCCGACAUCCUUGACCAUCCUCCACCAGGACCAAGUUGGUGGCCUCCAAGUCUUUGCCAGCAACAAAUGGCAAGCCAUCACGCCUCGUCAAGACGCACUCGUCAUCAACAUUGGAGACACUCUCAUGGCAUUAACCAAUGGGAGGUACAAGAGUUGCUUGCACAGGGCGGUGGUGAACAGCGAGAGGGAGAGGAGGUCACUGGUGUUCUUCGUGUGCCCGAGAGAGGACCGGACCGUGAGACCCCCACCAGAUCUUCUUGGGACCGACAUGGAAGUGCCAAGGAAGUACCCGGACUUCACGUGGUCUGACCUCUUGGAGUUCACUCAGAACCACUACCGCACGGACGUCGCUACCCUCCAAAGCUUCAUCCACUGGUUACUAUCGCCCAAACCCUAAAUCUCUCUCUCUAUGAAAUGUUCAACUUAUUGUACUUUUGGAUGGCCAGUUUUCUUCUUCCUUUUUUCUUAUUUUUCUUUAUUAGUUUUGGGCAUGCAUGGCUUUGGAUGCAGUUGGAUCAUCAUUUGGUUUGUCUUAUAUGUGUCAUCACUUUGUCCCAUCUCUCGUCUGUAUAGAUUCCCCCAAAUCCCCUAUACUUUGGACCAUUUGGGGAUGUAUGUCAGCUUCCUUGCCACAUUAUUAUAUAGUUGUGUUUUCUUCUA